AUGGAUGAGUCAAACGUCACAUCAUGUGUCACUGAGGAAUCCGUGAACGCCUCAGCGGGCGGGAACACCUCCACGGGGGCCCCGCGCCAGGAAAUCCCAAUUGUGCACUGGGUCAUCAUGAGCAUCUCCCCACUGGGGUUUGUGGAACACGGAAUCCUCCUCUGGUUCCUCUGCUUCCGGAUGAGGAGGAAUCCCUUCACGGUCUACAUCACCCACUUGUCCAUCGCAGACAUCUCCUUGCUCUUCUGCAUUUUCAUCCUGUCCGUUGACUAUGCUUUGGAUUAUGAGCUCUCUUCUGGCUAUUACUACACAAUCGUCACAUUGUCGGUGACAUUUCUGUUCGGCUACAACACGGGCCUCUACCUGCUCACGGCCAUCAGCGUGGAGAGGUGCCUGUCCGUGCUCUACCCCAUCUGGUACCGAUGUCACCGGCCCAAGCACCAGUCAGCGUUCGUCUGUGCCCUCCUUUGGGCGCUUUCUUGCUUGGUGACCACUAUGGAAUAUGUCAUGUGCAUCGACAGUGGAAGACAGAGCCACUCUCGAAGCGACUGCAGGGCGGUGAUCAUCUUCAUAGCAGUCCUGAGCUUUCUUGUCUUCACCCCACUCAUGGUGGUGUCAAGCACCAUCUUGGUCAUCAAGAUCCGAAAGAGCACGUGGACGUCCCACUCCUCAAAGCUGUACCUGGUCAUCAUGCUCACCAUCAUCAUAUUCUUCAUUUUCGCCAUGCCCAUGAGGCUCCUUUACCUGCUCUACUAUGAGUAUUGGUCCACGUUUGGGAACCUCCACCACAUUUCUCUUCUCUUCUCCACCAUCAACAGCAGCGCCAAUCCCUUUAUUUACUUCUUCGUGGGCAGCAGUAAGAAGAAGCGGUUCAAGGAGUCCUUAAAAGUGGUCCUGACCAGGGCUUUCAAAGACGAAAUGCAGCCUCGGCACCAGGAGCACAACGAUAAUACCAUCACCGUUGAGACUGUCGUCUGA